UACCUCAGGAAAUUUAUUCGUCUCCGAUCUGCCAGCUUUUUAGGAAAUCCAAUGUGCAAAGACCCAAAUUUCAUGCCAUUCCUGGUCGCCUUUGUCCCUCAAUUGACAAUGGUGGAUUACAUGGCAGUGCUUUCUCAUGACCGGGAAGUUGCCAACGCCAAGCACAAACCCAUUGUGGAUCGCCUUAUCACAACAGAGGACAAACUCAUCAGACGGGCUUCAGUCGUUGAGGCGGAAGAACAGGUUAAACUGCUUCACAAGGACGCAUUCGUGGAUGGAUUUGAAGGCGACAAGUUUUGGUAUUCUUUGUUUGAGAAUGAUUUCGAAGGAAAAUCAAUCAUGCAGUUGGGAGACACUGAAGACAUCCAGAUUGUGUACAAGGAGCUAUUCCGCAACAGCAAUCGCAACAUGUUUGACACUGGGAUGCAGUUUUACGAGUUGAGGCGAAAUGAGAAACAAGCUUACGACAUUGCCGUGAAGGAGGAGAUGGAUAGGAUUCAGAAGGCUGGAAAUGUGCUCACGGAAGAAUUCGUCGAGUAUGGCGCAGCCACUUUGAAGGACAUCAUUAUCCUGGUAAACUUGAAAGACGACGCGGAACGAAAGUUGCAACACGGCAUGAUUCACGAGCUUCCAGAAGAAUAUCCCGACUACGUGACGCAACUGAACGACAUGGUGAAAGAAUACGUGAAAAAACUUCACACCGUUUGGGCAACCUUAAUCAACAAUGAAGUCGAAGUUGAUGAGCAGUAUGAGGACAUAAACGACCUUCUGGAUCGAUCUAUCCGUGAAAUUAUUCAAAACUGGGUGGAACAGUUACGCGGACAGUUUGCAAGUUUGAGGGACGUCGAGCAGCAACUUUUUGAGCGUCUCAUCGAAUCCAUCGUUACUUAUGGAGAAUUUCGCCUGAGUGAUACCACAAUUCCGGAAAAUCUCAAGGAGCUGGUCAUGGACAAGGACUCGUUGCAAAACUACCUUCAACUUUCCCAUGACAAACACAUCUCGGUAAUUGACAGCACGGAAGAUCAACUCGGUCGAAGGCUGAAAGAUUGGCAGGAAGCUUUCUCCAUCGGGAUGCAAGUAAAAGAGUAUCAAAGGAAUCGUGCCCGCCUUGAGGAGAUUUCGCACUUUACCAACACCCACCACGGCUACUUGGAGGACACUCUGGCCUUUGUUCACACGACGGACUACAUUCCACCCGUUCGGGGCGACCAGGAAUGCACUGAUCCCGACGUGUGCAAACCAUUACAGUGGUACGAGCGUCUCACCAAGAGGUUGAGAGCGAAGGAGAAGAAGUUCAAUGCUUCCAUGAUGCCGAAGGGGAGUAAGAUAGAGGCGAAAGAGAAAGCCAGAGAAGGUGGAGGCGAGGGGGCAGAUGGCGAAAGUGGUGGGACAAAGGAAGCAGAAUCUACUUUUGUCUUGUAAAUAUGUGUAAUGUCAAAGGGAAUGAAACAAGUAGUCAUUUGGGACAUGACAAAAUGAGAAUAAAAUGAUAUUAAUAUGAAUAAAUGGGUGGGUGGAUACCGCAAGUGUGCAAAA